GUUUUAGCGACUGGGUUAGAUCAAAUCAGUUGUGCCAACUAUUACCGGAAACCAGUGGCAGCCAUUACCGUAAUCAUCUGUCGAAUUCUUAUUUCUUUUCCGGCGACAGCCAUUGAGUGCAGACCUGUGGUCACUAUUUUUAAUUAAUUAAACAUGGCCGAAGUUGAAGAAACUUUUGAAAAUUUCGAGGAGCCGCAACCAGCUGUAAUUGAGACAGCCGCUAUUGACGAUGGAUUAACAUUGGCACAACCCUCUGAGGUUCCCGAUGUUAAACUGUUCGGACGGUGGAGCUGUGAUGACGUCCAUGUAUCUGACAUGUCAUUGGCUGAUUACAUUGCUGUCAAAGAAAAGUACGCCAGAUUCACACCUCAUUCAGCUGGUCGAUAUGCCGCUAAACGUUUCCGCAAAGCGCAAUGUCCGAUCGUUGAGCGAUUGACAAAUUCACUGAUGAUGAAGGGACGUAACAAUGGCAAGAAAUUGAUGGCCGUACGCAUUGUGAAGCACGCUUUUGAAAUCAUUUACUUGCUCACAGACAAGAACCCACUUCAAGUUCUUGUCACAGCCAUCAUCAACUCUGGUCCUCGUGAAGACUCCACACGUAUUGGACGAGCUGGUACAGUACGUCGUCAAGCCGUCGAUGUGUCGCCUCUUCGUCGAGUAAAUCAAGCCAUCUGGUUAUUAUGUACAGGAGCACGAGAAGCAGCAUUCCGUAACAUUAAAUCGAUUGCCGAAUGUCUAGCUGAUGAACUUAUCAACGCUGAGAAGGGUUCCUCAAACUCCUACGCAAUCAAAAAGAAGGACGAAUUGGAACGUGUUGCUAAGUCUAACCGUUAAAGAUCGGAAAGAUGUCUCUUUUUUAUAUUUUCAUGGAAUAUUCAAGGGAAUAAUAAGAAAAUCUAAAAUUG